AACAAUUUAAGUCUAUUGAAUAAGUACAAAAGAGGAAGGCCUUGAAGUACCAGCCCUUAGUCCAGGAUUGUAAGGACAAGGGUUGGAAGGCGUGGCUCUUCCCGGUGGAGAUCGGAUGCAGAGGUUUCCCAGCCAAGUCAGCAUGGCGAUUACCGUCAGCUCUGGGCCUUGAUGGAAGGAACAAAAAACAAGCUCCUCGCAAGAUGUGGGGGGAGGCUGAACGGGCCUCCUGCUGGAUUUGGAGUAAGAGAGAAGUGGAAAGCUGGAGGCCAGAAGCAGAUAGGCAGUGAUGUGGCCAACCACUGCCGGUCCUCCAACUAGAGCGUGUUGUGGUCGAGGGUCGAAACACACAGUGACAGUUGGGCACCACCUGAUGAUAUCUGCUCCCGGCCAAAAGCUACAGUUACCUUAGAUAGGUAACAACACAACGCACCCACAAGUGUAUAUCACAAGUCAUCUCUGGGUAACCAGUGGCUUCCAGGAAAGAUCAACUGAGAAAGGUCGUUGACGCUGGAGAGACAGCUGACCUCCAGGAAAGACUGGCGCGGACACAAAAGGCUGGGCAGCACUCGCAAAAGGGCACCAACUCAAGCUACGAAGGAACCAAAUGAGCAAUACCCCACAGUCUCCUGAGAGGGGAAGAAUGAGAGACUCAACGGGACGGACACACCAGUAUCUGCCAAUUUGUGGUCAGAUGCCGCUGCGGAAAAGUCUGCAAAAACACCAAAGGGCUCAAAAUACACCAGAUCAGUUCAAGCAGGUGUGGAACAUCAGCAACCCAAGUGCCCGAUGAGACGAAGCAGAACUCCAGCCAGGAAGCACCCCACAGUGCUGAAGAUCUCUCCACACUCCAGCUGCCCCAGCACCAGAGACCAGACCCAUCAAGCUCCCCUCCGGCAACCCCAAUCCAUUCGUCAAGGAAAGAGGAUCAAAUGGCCAAAAUCGUCAGACAACACCGUGUGGACGCAGUUCGAUGACGUCCUGGACAGCAUCCUGGAAGUGACUUUGUCUGGCCCUGUGCACCAGAAGGUUGACUCACUCACAACCAUAGCACACAACCUUGAUGAAGAACGCUUCAGCCCAGUGGAGCAGAAAGCCAGCCCCAAGCACCGCAUUUAGUUAUUUAUGUAUUUAUUUAUUUGAUAGACUUAAAUUGAAUUCCAUAUAGAGUUUUUCUUUAAAACAAAACAUGAACCCAAACUUUUCUGAUCAUGUUGUAAAUUUGUGCCCACUGUAAAAUGGUAACCAAGAUAUAUUUUCCAAUGUUGCAGCACUCUCUGGUGGACAAACGGCGUAAUGACAACACUUUAAAUGACCAACAUUUCUCUGGGUUGUAGUUUCAAGGUGAAAACUAAAAGAGUAUGACUGAAGUAUGAAUUUAGUGUAUCUCUAACACAAUGACAUCCCUGACUGUGAUUAAAUUUAAAGUAUGAACUGCCAACUGAAGCUUUUCUCAGAGUUCAGACUCACGACUUAAGGAUUUCUAUCAACUGUUCCCUGAACAAGCACAACUAGAGAGCGAUUUAAAAAGAUCUACAGUCACAGUAUAUUUAGGAGUUAUACAGAUGAAGAGGGGUUGGUUUAUUAUUUAUUCAUCUGGGGUUUGUUUAUUUAAAUCUGAGACUGUUGUUUUGUUUAUCUGUAUUGAUGGUUGUAAAUAAGUUUGGAAUAGUUGUUGACAAUUUCCUUUUUAAAUGAGACAUGAAUACUGAGAAGGGGGCUGGAUUAUAUGAGUAUACACUUUUCCUGGUCCUUUUUGAGCACGUCUGUUGAUGGGUUUUUUUUUAAAAUGAAAAUAAAGUCAUUCAUUAUUUUAAAUGAAGAACCGCACAGUCGCCUCAAAGAUGAAGAAGCUGAAAUAUUAAAGUUUUCAAUGAAAACUGACUUCCUGUCUCUCAGAUCACAACCUGCUGAUCCCUGCUGGACUCUACACAAGGCAGACAUCCCCAGAGUCCACCAGGUACACUAUAAAUUCAUUUAUUCAUUCAAACCUUUAUUUAAGACUCAGGAAAUCAAUUGUGGGAGACCCUCAUUUUCAACGAUGCCGAGCAUGAACAAAGACAUUAAAACAAUUAAUCGGCAAACAAAGAACAACCGUGCAUAUCAAUUAAAACAAAAAUGAGAUCAUACAAACCAACAAACAACACGAGCAAUAAAUGGGCUCUAAAAGUAGAAAUACAGAGUGAUAAACAUGCUACAGUGUGGAUGCAUCGUUAAAAACAUUUACACUCAAUUAAAACAAGAUCCGAAAUAAGGCACUAAACUGCCAUAAGGGCGGCAGAGUGUCUAAGUUUAAGAUCUUUUGUAGAUUGUUCUAUGUAGUAUGAGGUGCACUGUAAGAGAAUGAUAUUCCUCAGAGUUCAGUUCUGAUUAAAGCAUAAAUAUCAUUUAUGUAAACUGAAAACAAUAUUGGCCCUAACACUGAGCCCUGUGGGACACCUUUAGUAAUAUUCAAAACUUUAGAAUGAACAUCACCCAUCUUUACGCAUUGCAGUCUAUUGGAGAGGUAGUUUUCAAACCACAGGCAGCUGACAGAAUCAAAACCAAUACGAGAUCAUUUCUUUAAAAGUAACAAAUGGUCAACUGUGUCGAACGCCUUAGACAAGUCUAUAAACAGAGCAGCACCAGACAUUUUGCUAUCCAGGGCUGGUGUAACGUCAUUUAGAACCAGAGAGGAUGCAGAUGUGGUGCUGUGCUUAGGCCUAAAACCAGACGGAUAGGGAGUGAGUACAGAAAACAAAGAGAGAUAUGAUCUAAGUUGAUGAUUUACCAGGGACUCCUACAUUUUUAGCCAGGCAACGUAAUUUGGAAAUAUGGCGAUAGCUAUUUUUAUCAGUUUUAUCGCCUCCUUUAUGUAAGGGAAGGACAUAGUUCCAGUGGAGAUGGUCAGGUUGAAUAUGAGUUAUACAUUCUGCAAUAAGUGGUGCAGAAUGUUUAAGAAAGAAAGCAUCUAAACUAUCUGCACCAGCUGAUAAAGAGAGCAUUAGUAACUUCCUGGAGACGAAAAGAGGACAAACUGAAGCUUGGUGAGGAGGCAUCACUCAGAUUAUCCUGAUGUUCAGGGUACGAUUCAGCUGACUUAUAGUGGUUUGGAAAAGGUGUCCCGAUGCAGCAAAGUGACUGUAAAGGCAGAGCAGAUGUCCUUGACUUACAAUAAUGAGGGUCUGAGGAGUCUUGGGCGGAAAGAGAUGUAUUUGAAGCAGGGGUGUAGUGCCCAGUGGUGGAAACAGGUGCUAUUGGAAUUAAAUUGUUUUGGUCUCUGCAGAUAUUCAGACAAUUAUAUUCAGAAAGAAGUUUGCUAGAUCUGUUGGUGAUUCUGACUCUGAUUGUGUGGCUCUCAGGCAUGUUAUGGUGAUUAUUGGGCUGUAGGGGGAGCUAGCGGUACAGACAGGAGGUGAGGAGCGAUUAGUGACCGGUGUGUGGUACGAUGCUGUAGAGAAACGAGUGGCGGACAGCCAGUGAAGUGAGGCAGUUGUGACGGCUGGAAAAUGUUUGCUGACAGUGCUCGGGUGCCCCGAAGAUGGGGUGGAUCCCAUCACUGCUGAAAAAGGGAGCUCGUUCCCAGAAUAGACUGGAAUUGUCGAUAAAAGACAAUUAAACUCUUAAACCUCAAAAUAAAACGUGACAAUCCUAAAAAUUGUCUUUGGAUGUCGCCAUCAGGAGCAGCUCUUGAAAAUGUGAAGUUUUGUGAAUUAACCUCCUCCGUCCAGUUACUGGAAGACACCGCCCUCCUCUCCCUGUCAGCUAUAACUAGCUCACCCUCCUGCUCCUUGCUGGACCUUCACCUGUAAACAUGGCUCAGAUUAUUGCCGGUCUCAUCAUCGCGUUCUUUCUGCUGAUUCAGGUCCAAGGUCCAGGUUCAAAUGUUAAUGGAGGCGAGGGAGUCGGACAGGAGGGUUUGACAUCCCGCUUUCUCAGCUUCUAUGUGAUUGCCAUGGUGAUCGCCAUCCUGGGAGCCUACGGGGCCCACAGGGAGAGCAAAGUGUGUCUGAUCGUGUUCCUGGUGUGCACGGUUAUUGGAACUCUGCUGAUGCUCCGAGUUGGUAUCCCCACUGCUGCCAUCCGUCCCGAGCUGGUGCGCAUCAUGGAGACAGACGCUCACAAUAGACUGCCUCUGGACCAGGCUUCAGAAGAGGUGAAGGCCCUGGUUGAGAAACAGCAGAAAGAGCGGCACUGCUGCGGUGUGUUCAGUUACAAGGACUGGGAGGACAACAUCCCCGACUCCUGUCUGUGCAACCAGGAGGAGCAGAUGGAGGGAAAGUAUGAGACAGUCAGAUACAGAGGCACGCUGCAGAGGAAGUCCGUCUACAGCCAGAGCUGCUUCCCCAUCAUCAGAGACAUCCUGCAGAUCAUCAACAUCAAGAUCAGAGUGAACCUCGCUUACGCCAUCCUGGGGGUAAGAUUCAAUAAACACUGAUUUUAUAUUUAUUUAUUAUAUGUUUUUGUCACUGACAGGCUCAGUCAGUUAUUCUAAGUGUCUGACUGCAUUAUGAAAGGAUCCCUACAGAGAUAGAGCCCCGAAAUCACCGUCACUAAACCCAGCAGACUGCAUUUAAACAGUGGAUGUUUCUCAAAGUCAAGGAUCCGUCCUUGGUAGGAUGAGUCCUUCUGAUUGUACACGAUACUGCCAUGUGAUCCUCUGAUAUAAGUUCACCUCAUAACAAGUGAGUGAUGCUUUGACCUGCAGGAUAUUCUAAUGUCUCUACUGUGGCCGUUCUCACCGCGAUUCCCCCGAAAAAUACACCAACUGAAGCUGACAGAAUGAAAGCAGUUACCAUGUGGUUAUCAGACAUUCACCAAAAUAAAUGACAUAUUUACCUAUAUCCUGCCGAGCUCCGCUGGUGCAGGUUUCAUUGAAGAGGCCUCACCUUCUCUUGUUCACGAGUGAAGGUAGAAUGGAGCGU